UCUCAGAAUGGCAGCGCCGGCCCUUUUUUCACUCUGACACUCUGUUUCCUGUGCAGACGUUCAGUCGCUCUACACCAUCAACAAUAUGGCCAUAUGCAGAAAAGACAGCUUCCUUUGGGGGAAAGCCCCACCGAAACUCACCCAGGCGGAGAGAAGGCCGAGUGAAACCAUCAAGAUUCACAAGUUUGAGCUGCUGGAUGACAUCCAGAAGCUCAGGCUGGAGAUCAAUCACAUCAUGCCAGAAAUCAACAGCUCUGAACAGAAGGAGCAGAAUAAAAAGGUUGUGAAGAACAGAAGAUUCUUACGUGGGAAAAAGAAAUUCAACAUGGACCCCAAAAUGGGCGUCCAUUACCUGGUUGAAAACGACCUGCUGGAAUGGCAAGCAGAGUCAGUGGCCGAGUUCCUUUACAAAGAGGAGGGACUGAACAAGACCGCCAUCGGAAAUUUUCUGGGAGAGAGGGAGGAGAUUUAUCUGAAGAUACUGAAAGCCUUCGUGGACUUGCAUGAAUUCUCAGACCUGAAUCUGGUGCAGGCGCUGAGGCAGUUCCUCUGGAGCUUUCGUCUCCCGGGAGAAGCUCAGAAGAUUGACAGGAUGAUGGAGGCGUUUGCAACUCGCUACUGUGACUGUAACCCAGGGGUCUUCCAGUCCACAGACACCUGCUACAUCCUGUCUUUUGCCAUCAUCAUGCUCAACACGAGUCUCCACAACCCCAAUGUGAAAGACAAACCCAGUCUGCAGCGAUUCUUCUCCAUGAACAGUGGCAUCAACAACGGGAAAGACCUGCCCACCGAGCUGCUCACGAAACUGUACACGAGUAUCCGCAGCGAGCCGUUUAAAAUCCCAGAGGACGAUGGGAACGACCUCACGCUGACGUUUUUUAAUCCAGACAGAGAGGGCUGGCUCCUUAAAAUGGGUGGCCGUGUUAAAACCUGGAAGAGGAGGUGGUUUAUUUUGACAGACAGCUGCCUGUACUACUUUGAGUACACCACAGAUAAAGACCCGAUCGGGAUUAUCCCUCUGGAGAACCUGUGUGUCAGGGAGCUGCAAGACACAAGCAAACCGUAUUGUCUGGAGUUAUAUAAUCCCAAAGGACAAAAGAUCAAGGCCUGCAAGACGGAGAACAAAGGCCGAGUGGUGCAGGGUAAACACCAGUCCUAUAAGCUGAGCGCGGCCAGCACGGAAGAGCGGGACAACUGGAUCCACGCAAUCAGGGCGAGCAUGACCAAGGACCCGUUCUACGACCUGGUGUCUCUACGUAAGAGGAAGGUCAUUAGCAACACAUCCUCGUAGAAACUGAAACUCCAGACAUCGGUGGAAACAACAUCUGAGCAUUUUAUGGAUUAAUCAUGCUGAGUCUGUUCAACUUCAUCACACUUCAUUUCACAGAAAUGUACGAAUUGGGAAGUGGCACUUUGUGAACUAUUUGUGGCUUGCAGUGUAAGGUCUUCACAUUACUUCUGCAAACUGCACGCACUACUGCUCCGGGUUCAGGGGCCGACACACAUCUGCUGCAGAGGCACAGCCCGAGGGGUGGCAAAGACCCCCCAUGGUGCCCUCCCGACUGAGCUUCUAUAUGAAGUGACUUCUUGCUGGAAAGUCAAAUAACCACAAAGCCAUGCAAACAAGUCAAAACAAACACAAUUUGACUACAAAGAGAUGCCAAUAAAACACCACAAAGCUACAAUUAUUAGCCACAAAGAAACAUAAAAUGAUGACAAAAUACACAAAACAGACACAAAACAACCAAGUGGCGUGAAAUGAACACAGUCAGUGUUAUAAUGUGAUGUAAAAACAACUACAAAGAGACUCAAAAGACAACAAAAUGAGACAUAAAUGUCUUGCAGUGGGAGGUGUUGGGGGUGGGGCGUUACAUGUCUGUGUCAAGGGACCUGAUGUCUCACAGUCUGUCCUUGGCUGUAAAAACAGCAGCUAUUUAUUGAUAUUAUUUCAUGUUAGAAUAUUUAAAGUUGUUUUAUUUUGUAUUUGUUUAUUACCUAUAGUAUGUAGCACUUUGUUAAACCUGUUCCGGGUGUUUUUAUUUGAGGCUUCCUGGGAAAAUAUGAAGCUUAAAGAAGCAGUUUCAUGAGCGAUUUGUGGAGGGUUUUCACUUUUCUUACUUCACUUACUGAUGAAAUCAAAUUUGUCCUUUCUCUUCCUGAUGAACAUCAAAUACAAUCACAAACCAGCUUUGUUAAAUUCACGUAAAUAGAAAAACCAGAAAAGCUACAAAAACAUUGACAAGCUCUUAAAUUAACUUAUGACUACAUAGAGUGUACAAUGUAUUUUAUUUAGAUACACUUGUUUAACAUGUAUUAUAUUAUUUAAUGACUUCAUACUGAUGAGGGGAUCAAACUAUCUGUAUAAUAAACUCAUUUAUUCUGAAUGUGUGGCUGUUUCUCCAGCAGAUGGCGCUGCAUCAUCAUAACAUGUCACUUCUUUCACCAGGAAGUUCAUGUUCAAAUAUUUACUUUUAAUGCAACUCACUGGAUGUUUUUUGUUAUCAAAUUAAUACAGCCC